AUCUCGGAAUUGAAAAGAGGUUUGUUUACUCCUGAGCAGUUACGAAGGAACCAAAUUGAAACAUUUUUGUUUGUUUACAGGUUGAUAAUGGCAAAGAACAGUUCUAAGGUGUUCCCGCUUAAACCAAGCCAAAGAGGAAACAAAAUAAUAGAUGGAAGGUCUAUCAAGUAUAGAUGUGGGUUCCAAAAUACAAUUUAUGAUGUACUGAAAUCUCGUGGUGGCUGGGCAGAAACCUCAAGUGAGACAGACUGGGAUUUCAUUUGGACAGAUAAAUGUGGAAUUCAAGAAAUUUUUGACAACACAUAUCUUGAAGAGCAUGUCAAAAUCAAUCAUUUCCGAAACCAUUAUGAGCUCACAAGAAAAAACUUAAUGGCUAAAAACCUAAAAAGACUGAAGAAAGCAAUAGAAAGAGAGCAAGGAAAGCUUGAAGCAUCAAAAUGCGAUUUCUUUCCUGCAACAUUUGAGUUGCCAAGUGAAUACCACAUGUUCGUCGAAGAAUUCAAGAAAAACCCUGGGAAACUCUGGAUAAUGAAGCCCAUAGCGAAGUCGCAAGGAAAAGGAAUAUUCAUUUUUCGUAAAUUGAAAGACAUUAUGGACUGGCGCAAGGAGGAUUACUACAGAACAAUUGAUGAAAGGAAAGAAGACAAAGAAGCACCUGAAACAUACAUCGUUCAAAGAUAUAUAGAAAAUCCCUACUUAAUCGGAGGUAAAAAAUUUGAUCUUAGAGUCUAUGUUCUUGUCACAUCGUAUAUCCCACUACGGGCAUGGCUGUAUCGUGAGGGUUUUGCCAGGUUUACGAAUUACAGAUAUUCUUUGGAUUCAAUUGACGACACGUACAUCCAUCUUACAAACGUCGCUGUUCAAAAAACUGCACCAGAUUAUGAUCCUGAGGGCUCAAAAUGGUCGCUCAGGCAAUUAAGAAUGUACCUCACUGCAAAGCAUGGCAACGAAGCAGUAUCAAAUCUAUAUCGUUUGAUGGAUGAGAUCUUCAUUAAAAGUCUGCAGAGUGUGCAGAGGGUUAUGAUAAACGACAAACACUGUUUUGAAAUGUAUGGAUUUGAUAUUCUGCUUGAUUCAGAUUUGAAGCCCUGGCUGGUGGAGAUAAACGCAUCGCCUUCUUUGACAGCAAGUAACACUACAGAUUAUGACAUGAAAUUUGCUCUUCUGACCGAUCUUCUAAACGUGGUUGACUUGGAGGGAAGACUGACCGGAAGAGAGAAGAGAAUUGGUGGCUUCGAUCUGAUUUGGAACGAUGGACCAGUAACGGUUGAUGACAUUGGCGCAGGAGACUGCACACCUACAUCAUCAUUCGCAUCGAAUUCAUUUCUUGGCUGCUCUAACGAACGGGAAAAACAGCUGAAAAUACUGUUCAAGAACGCUCAGCAGGUUAAAAGAACAUAGUGCCCUUACACGUCUUCAGAAAAUCAGAAAUCAGAAAAUCAGCAGCUAACCCUAAAAGGCAUGUGGUAAACAGACUUACGUAAGUCUACUGAAGAAUUUGACAUGACGUGACCCGUUUUGAGUUUUUGCAGAUGGAGCUUUAUCCUAUUAGAUAGAAGAGACUAGGCCUAAUUCUUAAUAAAACUAUGUUUUUAUUUAACAAAGACCUUACGGAUAAUAUGAUCCCUUUUCAUAACAAUAUCCAGCAUCAAUUUCCAGUAUGACGAUAUCAUUUCGAUGUAGAAUGCAGUAUCUCAUUUUCGUUGCUAGCUCUAGUUUUUAUAAGUAAUCCAUGAUGAGGUCUCUGUUAGUCUUUGGGAUUUGUUACUAGUGUCGUUUCUGAACCACGGCAAGUGUCUUUUUGAAAUAUUUAAUACUGCAAAUUCUAGGUUAAGAAGGGCGCGCUUACGUUCUUAAAAACAUCUUGAAAUUAGAGAAACUUAGCUGCCUAUAUAAAUCAUGUUUUGGAAUUGGUUUGAGAACGUCGAGCCACUUUAUGCAUUAUGAUCGACCAUUGUUGUCAGCACGAACGGUCUAGGCCAGCGAGAUCUCUUCAUAUACCCAGCUAUGAAACUUUUUCCCGAUGACCCAUGUUCACUGUAACUUCAGGGCCGUCGCUAGCGGGGGGUGCGGAAGCCACUGUAAGCAGGGAAAGGGGGCAAAGUGCCUCAGAGCCUUGAGGUCGAGGGGACCUUAAGAAGUAAUGAACUACAUUUUAAGAAUGAAAUCAAUGAAACGUAGGUAUGCCUAAAAAUAGUUAAAAGUUCUAAACGAUUGCAAGAAAUGACUGCAAGAAAUAUUCUGAAAUGCAUUUUAAGACAAUCUAAAGGGCGUGGUCGCAAAAAUUUCCUGCUCGCUCCGCUCGCAGGGUGACCUCGUCUUUCGGCAUUGUUUCAAGGCCUUCAAAACCUAAGUACCCACACUCACUCCAAAAUUGAAGCGAUGAUUGAUUAACGAGAACAUUCUCUUUGAUAAACAAAAUCAAUUGUGUCAAAAUGCCACACCCCCACAUUGAAAUAUCUUAGGCGAUGCCCUAUUUUGUCGACAAAUUGGUGACUGGCACCCCCUAUGUGAAAGUGCUUAACGACGGUCCUGACUGUAACAGUAAAUACAUUGAGCGGUAUUUAGUUUUUGGAAAAAUGAUAAUUAAUUCAGUUUUCGAUUAGAACAGUUUGCAGCAGAAUGAACUGAGUUAUUUCGAAUGAAAACCUACAGACAAAGCACAUGCGCAAAUAUCAUUUUCAGAUUUCUUUAUUGAAAUUUUUUGAAACCGAAGUUUCUUCUUAUACCAAAAUUUUCAGACACAAGAAAAAUUCCUAAGUUUGCGUUUUACACAGAUGAAUUUAGCGAACGUCUGGCUUGAUAUUUCAAGAAUAUCAAGGAAUGUUCAAGAUUUCCACCCCCUCUGAUUAUCAAGACCCCGUCUUAAUAUUUUAGAUUCAGCGUUAAGCCUACAUUUCAGUUUUGCGCGUGGUCCAGCUUCGAAACGGAAUAGUGCGAAUUAUAGCGUUCCCUUGUGGACUCAAUUGCGGAACGGUCCACUUUUGGGAACGGAAUGAAGCUUCUGGAAAUUCUUCGCAGUCUGUUUGUGUGAACAGGGAAUGAAGCAUUUCUUUCCUGACGUCAAUGAAUCCACGCGAUUAUAACAAGAAAAGGCGUGAAUUAUAGGGAGGUCAGAAACCCUUUGAUUAUCACUCAGACAUCAUUUAUGCCAGUUCUUACAAAUUAGUCUUGAAUCACCGCCCAUGGAUACGAAUUAUCUUGUAAUCCAAGUAACUGUUUCAAUAAGCGCUACAACAAUUUUGGAUUAAGAUUAUCAUUUAAAGAAGAUGGGUUAAAAACUUAUGGUUUCCUUUACUGUAGAGUUCCGUGUUGAGAACAGUCUCUUAGGAAAAUGGAGCAGUGGCACAAAACGUAAAAAUGCAAUCGUCGAAAAGUAAGAAGUGUCCAAGCAGAUCUUCUGCGUGUCUAUAUUUUUUGCUAAAAGUGCAUUUAUUUGGCUAACAUAACAAAAUAAUGUCAAAGAAAACAAAACACAGCCCUGUCUUUCGCGCUUUCUAUCCUUAUGCAAUUUUCCACAAGCCUUGGUUUUCCUACUGUCACUUGGGCUAUACGGUUAGUUUACUAGAAACUGUUUAAGAUUACAGAGAUGAAAACUUGCUUAAAAAACAGCAAGAGAGACUAGCACGAAAUUUUGCAAAAACAAUGUCCAUGUAGAAACUGGUUAUUCUCUGGCAAAAGUUCGAGCCGCCAACACUACGCUUUGGCUUGUCUAGUUAGCUCUCCCUAUGUUACCGAUGACAUUUAUAUACAUAUAUAACAAAACAUUUAUAACAUUUAUAUAUAUAUAUAUAUAUAUAUUAUGGACAGGCUUUAACAAUUGUUGAUUUGUAAUGACCAGCUUAAAGGCAAUCUGUCACGACGUUGAUUGGUUAUAAGAACAAAGGGAUUUUUAUUGUUUCCAGUCCCCCAUUAAUUUAUCGCAUUGUAAAAAAUAUGGCGGAGUGCUGGAAUCGUGUUUAGGCUAUUGUUCCAGCUAUUGUUCUCGUUAACCAAUCCACAACGAGACAGAUUGCCUUUAAUCAAAGUGCUAGCCUUACUACGUGCCUAGAUUACUUGAUAAAUGUAAAGUUGUUGGAUUGAUAAUAUAACUGUCCCGAUUUUUUCUCAAAGUUACUAUAUUUAUGUUGUACACGAAAUGAGUAUUAACGAAGACAAAAACUUUGACCCAAGCAUAAGACCUAAAAGUUAGCUAUGAGCAUAGUCUUUCAUUAGACUAUGCUAUGAAAUAUCCAAUAUGGUUUUAGGUAUCAUCAGCUCAAGGGUUUAGUUGGAGCAAACAGGUUGCAUAUAUGUGCUUUUUGUCAAAAUUUUUUAAUGCAUCUAUAAAUGCUAGAAUAUCCAUGGCCAAAAACUAACAACCAUUUCAAGGCAAAUGGAACACCAAUUUAAAUAAGCUACUUGUUCCAAAUAACUUCCUUAACUCACCUCAACGAUUGGUUGGAAUUAUUGUGACAUCUCGAUACAGUAUUUCCCAUGGCAAAGUCAUAUAUUUUUAUUCUUUUUAACUCUAUAAUGCAGGAAUUACUGACAUCUGGGAAUAUACGGAACCAAUAAUGACGUCAUUUUAAUUCUCAGCGCAAUAGGCAAUAGUACGAGUCAAGAACAAUACGAACAUUAAUAAAGACUGACUUCUUCUUUAAUAUGUCUGUUCUGAUAUACACACAAUGUUAUUUCAUAUAACGAAACGUGUUAAUUUGAUGAUGAAUAGGCAGUAGACACACGAAGACGUCCAAUACCUUUAAAGCGACCAAAUACAAAUCGCUUCAAAACUUAUGCAUACAUUCCUUGCAAUAAUACUUAGGUUCAUACGCAACUUGAUAGAUACAUUGUCUAGAUGGUGUAGCCCCUGGUUAAAUAGAACCGUUUCACUGCUUUUUUCUGAUAUUACCACGUCUGGGAUUCUAGAUCCAACCUCAGAAUCCAUAAAUCGUCUUUGGGAUUUUAGGAAUUACCGAAUCUAUCUUCGCGAGUUAACGAUUGCUUAAUGCUGUUUCAACAAGCCUGUAUAUAUGCAUCGCUUUUUAUGCUCCUAUAUCUGCAAACUAUGUCCGUCUAUGUGGGUUAUCUAAUUCUAAAACGGACAUGGUAAGCACAUGCUGCCAGCAACAUCAUGUGAAUCUCUGCCAUAAUCCUCAGCAAAACAUUUUGACUCUUCAUCCUUGUUUCCUUUGAACGGCUUUCUUUGGAGAAUUUAUCUCCGCAAUUUUGCCGUUAUUCAUUGUCUAGACUAAUGAGCCAAGUUUACUACUUUUUCUCUAUGCCCAUUCAUUGAGGCAUCUUGAAAACCUAACAUUUAAACACUUGGGAAAGAAGAAUGCACACUGACAUGAAGCACGAGUUUCUUUGAUGAUUAAGUCUUGAAUGGAAUGAAUGAUCCAAGCAUUUCUUGUGAGGUUUUCGCACACUGCAGAUCAAUUAGUAUGUGCUUAAUGGCUUUUCUUAGUGGUCUUUAUUCUCUACUGGAAGUCAUUGGGAUCACAGUUUCUAUUUAAACAUACAUUUUAAUCCCGAUCGUUCGAGUCCUUGAUAACUCGAACCCCAGUACCUUGAACUGUUUUAUAUUCCCCUUGAACCGGCUUGGUACCUUUUGCAAUACUUUCUAAACUUCAAUAUCUCAAACAUUCGGUAACUCGAAUAAUUUUCA